GGCUAUAACUUUAUAACUUACUCCGAUUUGCUGCUCAUAUUCUAUGAAUUAAGGCAACCAUAAAACUUGCUAUGAACAUGUCAAAAAAUUGCAACUUUACAAGAAUCGUAUCAUUUUCUUUGAGUCUUUGUCACAUACUGUAUUUAGUUAUUUUGGAUUUAACCCAACAUUUCAGUUUUGUCAUAUUGUAGUCUAGUAAGGUGCUUAUAUAUUGUGUGUCAGUGUGUGUAUAUACACACCACACAACUGUGCUAUAUGUAAUCAUAAGUUAGAGAAACAGAUUUGGCGUUUCCUCUCUUGUUCUUUCUUUGGGUCUUCUUCUUGGCCUUUCCUCUAUAAUAAACCCUAAAGAGAAACAAAGAUAGAAACACAGAGAAACCUCUUAAACUUUCUUCUUUUUCUCAUGACAUUUCUUGUCUCAAACUAAUCUCUCUAGGAGAACAAAGACUUUAAAAGGGUUGUUUUCUUGAGCAAAUCUUGUAUACAAAUCAAGCAACAUUCAUGGUUUCAAAAGGGUCCCAUAACACAUUGUGGUGAUAGCUUUGUUUUCAUCUUCUAUCAUUUGCUUCAAGCACCCACCAAAAUUCUCGAUUCACUUUGGUUUUUUUUUUCCAUUUUAACUUUCUUUUGAUAGAAACAGAUGUUACAAGUGGAAUAAUUCCAAUACAGAUACCAUCCACAAAACACUUUUUUUCUUUCCUCCUCUUCUCUUGUAUCCUCUCACUAUAGCCUCAAUGAAGAUGCUUAGAUUCACAAAGAAGCAACAUUUGGUGUUUUUACUAUGUGUGUGGUGUUUGGUUGUGGAUUGGAGCAAGGCAGAAACAGAGCAAAGUGAAGGAGGUCCCAUGGAGAAAACAGAGCAAGAUGCUCUCUACUCUACCAUUCAAGGCUUUGUUGGUGACUCUUGGAAUGGCUCUUACCUUUUUCCUGACCCUUGUGGUUGGACUCCGAUCCAGGGUGUGACUUGUGAUGUGUAUGAUAAUCGUUGGUAUGUGACUGCUUUAAGCUUUGGGACUUUUCGAGACAACUCACUUGCUUGUGCUGAGAUUCCAAUUAUCAGACCACAACUCUUUGAGCUCAAGCACCUCAAGUCUCUCUCUCUAUUCAACUGCUUCACAUCACCAAACAAAUACCUAUCUUCAGUUUCAGAUGAGAAGUGGCUGGAUCUCUCUAAGAACUUGGAGACGCUUGAGAUCAGAUCAAACCCGGGACUGAUCGGUGAACUCCCUUCUUUCAUCACUAACCUCACAAAUCUCCAGUCUCUUGUGGUGCUAGAAAACCGGUUAACAGGUUCAGUGCCAGAGGAUUUAGCCAAGUUAACCAGACUGAGACGCUUAGUACUGUCUGGAAACCAGUUCACAGGGAGAAUACCGGAGGUCUACGGUUUAACCGGAUUAUUGAUACUGGAUCUAAGCAGGAACUCCUUCUCUGGAUCGUUGCCUUUAAGCGUUGGAGGAUUGAAUUCACUGCUGAAACUCGAUGUUAGUAACAAUAACUUGGAAGGAAAGUUACCUAAAGAGCUACAGUCCUUGAAGAAUCUGACCCUUUUGGACCUUAGGAACAACAGAUUCUCAGGUGGAUUGACUAAAGAGAUCCAAGAGAUGAGCUCUUUGGUAGAACUAGUUUUGUCCAAUAACCAUCUCGGCGAGGACUUAACAGGAAUAGAGUGGAGAAAUCUCAAGAACUUGGUGGUUUUGGAUCUCUCCAGCACAGGGCUAAAAGGGGAGAUUCCUUGGUCAAUCUUGGAGCUCAAGAAACUGAGGUUCUUGGGUCUGAGCAACAACAAUCUCAGAGGCAAACUCAUUCGGGAAAUGGAAACAGAGAUGCCUUGUCUCAACGCGCUCUACGUAAACGGAAAUAACAUCAGUGGAGAGCUGGAGUUCUCUAGAAUGUUCUACGAGAGGAUGGGAAGAAGACUCGGUGUUUGGGGAAACCCUAACCUGUGUUAUCAUGGAGAUGAAAUCAAGAAUCUUCGUGAUCAUGUUCCUUUUGGUGUGAACCAAUGCAAGAAGAGAAAUAAGGCAGUGACUUUGGCUUAAAGAGAGAGAUAUCAAAACCCUCGUUUUUGACUUAAAGGGUUUUGGUGUGGCGAAUAAACUACUUGGAACUUUGAAAAGUUAUGAAGCUAUGGUAUUUUUAACUAUGCAUUUAUCCAACUUUUUUUUUUUUUUUUGGUAUGAAUGUUAAGAGCAUUUAUCCAACUUUACAGCCAAUAUAUAUAUCGUGUUUGAUUCUAUUUCUAUUUUUGUUACUAGUAGUGGUGCGUGCCUUCCAUUAUCAAACACAUAUAAUGGGUAUAAGUAAAAAGAAAGAAACUUAC